AUGGCAAGCAUCAUUGAAGCUUCGGCUGCGUUAAGAAAGCGGAAGAACUUAAGACGUGGAAUCAACUACACUCUUAUGGUGGUAGGCGAGUCAGGUUCUGGCAGAUCAACGUUUAUAAACACGUUGUGUGGUCAACAAGUGGUGGAUGUAUCCACCACAAUCCUUUUGCCCACCGACAAUUCGACUCAGAUUGACCUCCAACUUCGUGAAGAGACUGUAGAGCUAGAAGAUGAUGAAGGUGUUAAGAUUCAAUUGAACAUAAUAGAUACUCCAGGUUUCGGUGAUUCCUUAGACAACUCGCAAAGCUUUAAUGUGAUCUCAGAUUAUAUUCGUCAUCAAUACGAUGAGAUCUUGCUAGAGGAGAGUCGUGUGAGAAGAAAUCCACGUUUCAAGGACGGCCGUGUGCAUUGCUGCCUUUACAUGAUCAACCCAACAGGGCAUGGUUUAAAGGAAAUUGAUGUGGAGUUCAUGAAAACUUUGGGUCCCUUGGUUAAUAUAAUUCCAGUUAUCAGCAAGGCCGACUCAUUGACACCUGAGGAACUUAAGCUCAACAAAAAGCUCAUUAUGGAGGAUAUUGACCUAUACCAUCUACCCAUCUACAAUUUUCCUUUCGAGGAGAAUGAUAUCUCCAACGAGGAUUAUGAAACAAACAUGUAUUUGCGCUCUUUGGUGCCAUUCUCUAUCAUUGGGUCGAACGAAUUGUACGAUUUAGGCGACGGCACUAUGAUACGUGGUAGAAAAUACCCUUGGGGCACAUUGGACGUGGAAGAUUCCACCAUCUCCGAUUUCGUAGUUUUGAGAAACGCGUUACUGAUCUCACAUCUGAACGAUCUAAAGGACUACACACACGAAAUUCUUUACGAGAGAUACAGAACGGAAGCGCUAUCCGGAGAUGCGCUUGCAUCGAAGGUAAAUGGCAAUGGCAAUGCAGACUACGCAGGCUCACCUACUACCUCGGGUAAGUCAUCCCUUCCACCAGGAGAUACUGCUUCCGUUACAUCUAGCAGCAGACAUCCAAACACUAACCAAGAUACUUAUCUGGCUCGUGAAGAACAGAUCAGGUUAGAGGAAGAAAGGUUGAAAGCAUUUGAGGAAAGAGUUCAACAGGAAUUGCUAAUGAAGAGACAAGAAUUACUGCAAAGAGAACAAGAGCUAAGAGAGAUUGAAGAGAGACUCGAAAGAGAAGCGCAAAUGAAGCAAGAAGUGGAUGUCUAA